UCGCUGCACGAGUUAUGAAGCGGGGCUCUGUCCUACAUACCCGUUUAACCACCCCGUAUAUUGAUUCUAUUGCUGUUUCGAUUGAGGAAAAUAUACAAAGGCAUACAAGCGACUCGGGGAACGCAAACAAUCACCCGUGUAGUUAUUCAACGCUAUUCACGUUAACGGUAGCGGGCUUCACAUUCGUGACACACUGUUCAGUGGGUUGGGUGUGACGGUAUGCAGUCUUGCUGGAUGUACAACCCGUGCUAAAACAACGCCUUUCAAGGAACAAGCUGAUAUAGACAAUCGAUUCUGAGAGACGUCACUUCAAAGUCAGAGAUGACGUCCCUACACCAUAACCUAAUUGUGACCGGAUUAUGUCUGAUCAUCGGCCUUCAACUCACUUAUCAACAGACCGUCUUUCAGCAACAAUUGCAGGACGUAAACUUUGAACCAGGAAGAUUUGGUAACAUGGAGGUUACAGUCAUUCCCGGGAUACCAGAUGCCGGACAAUGGUUUAAGGAUGGCGUACAACUAUUUGACAUACCCGGCAAACUACAGAUUAGUUCCACUGGACAGUUACGUCAGCUGGUCAUCUUUAGCCUUAUUAUGUCUGACACUGGACGAUAUACCUUUACAGUGAAUGGACAGUCCACGUCAGCAUAUCUCACAGUAGGAGAUGUUGUGGUGGGAGUGUGGGGGGAGUGGACACAGUGGAUCGGUCCCCCCUGUCCGGUCACGUGUGGUCCUACAGCCAUGCACAAUGCUAGUAGAAGCAGGACCUGCUCCUUUGCCAAUUCCUGUUCUGGAGUAGGAAGCCAGAGUGCAUUCCGAUCGUGUGGACCUGCAUGUGGUCCUGUUAACGGGAACUGGGGAACAUGGUCCCAAUGGAGUGUUCCCUCCUGCCCUGCCACGUGUGGUCCUACAGCGAGACGCGACAUCACUAGAUCCAGGAAUUGUGACAACCCAGCUCCCAUAGAUGGCGGCGCCCCUUGCUCCGGGCAACGGGAGCAGAGUCAAAACGAAGCGUGUGCGCCAGCAACGUGUGCACCGAGUGUCUUUAGUAUGGGUCUCAGAAGCGUGAGUCUAGGCAUUGGUGAGCAGAUUUUAUUCGAAGUGAAGUUUACUCAGGCCCCGGCUCCAGGAAUCAUAGGCACAUGGAGGAAAAAUGGUGUGGUCAUUGAGGAUGGUGGCAAAAUUGUGAUCGCUUCUGCUGGCAAUAGUCAGUAUCUGUAUAUAACGCCCCUCGACGCCGUUGACUCUGGCCGGUACUCCUACACGUACAAUGGAGAGACGACCGAAGCACAGCUGACAGUUGGCUCAGGUCCAGUUGACGGGAACUGGGGUACAUGGUCACAGUGGAGCGGCCCCCCUUGUCCCGCCACGUGUGGUCCUACAGCAAGACGCAACGUUGAAAGAAUCAGGUCGUGUAACAACCCAGCUCCCAGUAGUGGUGGCGCUUCCUGUCCUGGAGAAAACCGCCAAAGUGAAGUCCAAGAUUGUGCGCCUGCUGUCUGUGUUACAACAUGGAAUAACUGGGGCCAAUGGAUCGAUCCCGGAUGUCCAAGGACAUGUGGAGUUGGUGUGACACGAACUGUCACUCGAAGUAGGACCUGCAAUCAGCAGCCAGGUCAACCCUUCUGUUCUGGUACUAGUGAGGGCUCCGAGGUUAGGGCGUGCAGCCUUCCUUUGUGCCCAGUUUCAACAUGGAAUAACUGGGGCCAGUGGAUCGAUCCCGGAUGUCCAAGGACAUGUGGUGUUGGCGUGACACGAACUGCCACUCGAAGGAGGACCUGCAGCCAACAGCCAGGUCAACCCUUCUGUUCUGGUCCUACUGAGGAGUCCGAGGCUAGGACGUGCAACCUUCCUUUGUGUCAAGUAUCAACUUGGAAUAACUGGGGCCAAUGGAUCGAUCCCGGAUGUCCAAGAACAUGUGGUGUUGGUGUGACACGAACUGCCACUCGAAGGAGGACCUGCAACCAACAGCCAGGUCAACCCUUCUGUUCUGGUCCUAGCGAUGAGUCCGAGGUUAGGGCGUGCAUCCUUCCUUUGUGCCCUGUAAAUGGGAACUGGGGUGAAUGGACACAGUGGAGUGGACCUCCAUGUUCUGUCACGUGCGGACCUACAGCCACACGCACCAUCACCAGAUCCAGGUCCUGUAACAACCCACCUCCCAACAAUGGUGGUGCAUUCUGUCCAGGCCAAGGCACAGUCAAUAAUGAAUUAUCGUGUGGACCUUCCAUCUGUGACUCGGUGACUUCAACAUGGAAUAACUGGGGCCAGUGGAUCGAUCCCGGAUGUCCAAGAUCAUGUGGUGCUGGUGAUACACGAAUUGCUAUCCGAAGGAGGACCUGCAACCAGCAGCCAGGUCAACCGUUCUGUUCUGGCUCUAAUGAGGUUUCCGAGAUUAGGGUGUGCGAACUUCCUUUGUGCCCUGUAAACGGGAACUGGGGUGAAUGGACACAGUGGAGUGGACCUCCAUGUUCUGUCACAUGCGGACCUACAGCCAUUCGCACCAUCACCAGAUCCAGGCUCUGUAAUAACCCACCUCCCAGCAAUGGUGGUGCUUCCUGUCCAGGCCAAGGCACAGUAACCAAUGAGCUCUCGUGUGGACCGUCAAUUUGUGAACAAUCAUCAUGGAAUAACUGGGGCCAAUGGAUCGAUCCCGGAUGUCCAAGAACAUGUGGUGUUGGUGUGACACGAACUGCCACUCGAAGGAGGACCUGCAACCAACAGCCAGGCCAACCGUUCUGUUCUGGUUUUACUGAGGAGUCCGAGGUUAGGGCGUGCAGCCUCCCUUUGUGCCCAGUUUCAACAUGGAAUAACUGGGGCCAAUGGAUCGAUCCCGGAUGUCCAAGGACAUGUGGUGCUGGUGUGACACGAACUGCCACUCGAAGAAGGACCUGCAACCAGCAGCCAGGUCAACCCUUCUGUUCUGGUCCUACUGAGGAGUCCGAGGUUAGGGCAUGCAGCCUUCCUUUGUGCCCAGUUUCAACAUGGAAUAACUGGGGCCAAUGGAUCGAUCCCGGAUGUCCAAGGACAUGUGGUGUUGGUGUGACACGAACUGCCACUCGAAGGAGGACCUGCAACCAGCAGCCAGGUCAACCCUUCUGUUCUGGUCCUAGCGAGGACUCCGAGGUUAGGGCAUGCAGCCUUCCUUUGUGCCCAGUAAAUGGGAACUGGGGUGAAUGGACACAGUGGAGUGGACCUCCAUGUUCUGUCACAUGCGGACCUACAGCCAUUCGCACCAUCACCAGAUCCAGGUCCUGUAAUAACCCACCUCCCAGCAAUGGUGGUGCUUCCUGUCCAGGCCAAGGCACAGUCAAUAAUGAGUUAUCGUGUGGACCUUCCAUCUGUGAUUCGGUGACUUCAACAUGGAAUAACUGGGGCCAAUGGAUCGAUCCCGGAUGUCCAAGGACAUGUGGUGUUGGUGUGACACGAACUGCCACUCGAAGGAGGACCUGCAACCAGCAGCCAGGUCAACCGUUCUGUUCUGGUUCUAACGAGGUUUCCGAAGUUAGGGCGUGCGAGCUUCCAUUGUGCCCAGUUAAUGGAAACUGGGGUCAAUGGACACAGUGGAGUGCGCCUCAAUGCUCUGCCACAUGCGGACCUACAGCCAUAACGACCAUCACCAGGUCCAGGCUCUGUAAUAACCCACCUCCCAGUAAUGGUGGCGCAUCAUGUUCGGGCCUUGGCAGAGUGACCAAUGAAUUUUCGUGUGGACCCUCCAUAUGUGUACAAUCAACCUGGAACAACUGGGGCCAAUGGAUCGAUCCCGGAUGUUCAAGAACAUGUGGUGCUGGUGUGACACGAACUGCCACUCGAAGUAGGACCUGCAACCAGCAGCCAGGUCAACCCUUCUGUUCUGGUUCUACCGAGGACUCCGAGGUUAGGACGUGCAACCUUCCUUUGUGCGCAGUAAACGGGAACUGGGGCGAGUGGUCACAGUGGAGUGGUCUCCCCUGUUCUGUCACGUGUGGUCCAACAGCCAGACGCAACAUCUCGAGAUCCAGGUCUUGUAAUAACCCACCUCCCAGCAGUGGUGGAGUGUUCUGUUCUGGUCAAGGCUCAAUGACUGAAAGCAUAUCCUGUGGACCGUCAUUUUGUGCAAAUGUUACAAUCAAUGGCGGCUACAGUCAGUGGAGCACGUGGAGCACUGGUCAGUGUUCAGUGCCAUGUGGAGACGGGGUGAAGACCGACACACGGACACGCUCGUGUACUGAACCUACACCGCAGAACGGGGGUCUGCCUUGUUCAGGACCGUCCGCUGAGAACCGAACAGCACCAUGCAAUGUGGCUUGUCAAGUGUCUCAAUGGAGCAGCUGGACUGGACCUCUUUGCCCGGCUACCUGUGGUCGCCACGUCAGAGUCGUUCAGGAACGUUCUAGAACGUGCACUGUUCUGAAUCCCAGUGGUAGCGACAACACAUGUGGAAUUUCCCGCCUCGAGAGAAGGAACUUCACCUGCAUCGACGUGUUGUGUCCAGUUGAUGGCGGGUUCUCUCCGUGGAGCGUGUGGGUGACCUACAACUACUGUACGGGCACGUGUGAGGCCGAGGUGAAGACGUUAAUCCGCACCCGUAGCUGCAACAACCCCACCCCAGCCUUCAACGGGGGGCCCUGUCGGGGUGACACUCUCCAGACGAAGCAGGAAGUGUGCGUGGCAAGUCCUGACUGCACAGGGUCGGGCAUAAACGGGAACUGGACAGAGUGGACAGAGUGGCGUGGCCCCUCUUGUCCUGCCACAUGCGGUCCCAUGGCUAGACACACCUUGGCCAGGGAUCGGUACUGUACUAACCCACCUCCCAGCGAUGGUGGAGCUCCGUGUAUUGGUGACAGCACUCAAAACCAAACCCGAGACUGUGGAGUAGCAGCUGUGUGUGAACGCCCAGUUGUGUGGGCCGACUGGGGACGCUGGGUGGACCCAGGUUGCCCGGUGACCUGUGGUGUGGGGUGACAAGAACGUCCCAAAGAACCAGAACCUGCAACCAGCAGCCAGGGCAACCCACCUGCCCUGGAAACAACACGCAGGGUCAAGUGUUUGCCUGUGACCUUCCGGUCUGCCAAGUGAUCUACCGCAACUGGGGUGAGUGGUCGCUGUGGUCCAACCCUCCAUGCUCCGCCACGUGCGGUCCGUCAGCCAGACACACCGUCGAGAGGACGAGAACCUGCAUAGGUGGGACGGGCUGCCCAGGCGAAGGGAAACAAUCUGAGAACAGAUCCUGCGGAAACAGAUGUCCGACAACUGGUGCUCCCAAGACAACUGGAACGAUUGUACUGGUGAUGAUCGGAGCUGCAAUAAGCCUGUGUCUGAUGUAACAUCUGCAUCAAGAUGAUGAACAAGAGGAUGGGGGGAUGAAGAUGAGGAUGAAGAUGAGACUAAAGGGACACACGUGACCCUCCUCUUAAAGAGAUUACAGACCGAUUUCCCAGUCGCUUGUACACCGCCAUCUAGAACUCAACAGUAGAUAUAUUGUGUUUCGACCUUGUUUCCUACAUUGCAGGUGUCGUUUCAAAAUGGCGGGUAUUGUGAUUGGCGAACCAUGUGAUAUUCAGGGUGGGGGAACUGGGAUGUAGCAGUGCCUGUAUAUAUUAGUAUAUGGCAUAACUGAGUAUAUAUUUAUAAUUAAUACGGCGUAUCGUCCCUGCCCCUAAAGAUUUCGUAGUAAUAAUAAAACGGAUACUACAACAUUAACAGACAAGAGCACGAACCUGUAUCUCAACCACAGUUAACCACUGCAACUUUAUUUUCACAUUCAUUUCUGCACAAUUUAGGCUCUUCCAUUCACUUUGUCAAAUAUGAUAUACUCUUAUCAAAAAGUUUGAAGUGUGUAUUCAGAAAAUAUGUUAUUUUCUACAACUUUUUUAUAAGGACACGUUCAUGUCCUGAUGACGUCAAAUUGACUAGUUCACGGGUGAUCGGUUUCGAUCAGCAGGUGAUAAUAGUGUUGUGUGCGAAAUGAUGAUGCUCUCUGAGUAAUGACGUAAUUAGGUAAUGGGAGCAAGAUUGACUUACAUCAGAAGGUUGGUGUUAGCAGACAUGUCGUGUAUGCUAGGAACACCAUCUCAGCAUUUAUCAUGUAAUGAUGUACACCAGGUUUAAAAGAAUGGUACUGUCUGUGUUCAUUCUUUGGCAACCUCUUUAUCCCAAGAGCUGACACAUCCGUAAACCAAAGUCAUGUUACUGCUCACGUGUUUCUAGUGAUCUCAAAAUAUUGAAAUGUUAUCGACCAAUCAAACAAUGAGAUAUGGUAAAGGAAAACAGUAAGAGAAGACAACUCGCCGUCAGUUUUAAUGCACGUAAAGAAAACAAUUCCAGCAAGAUUAUAAAAAUAGGUUUGAAGGCUCUUUUUCACGUGGUAGUCACUUUUUCGAUGUAUAAUUUCUCGAACACUCUACUAUCUUAAAUAUCACACCCACCACUGAGGCUUAUUUGUAACUCACAUUCUGAUUGGUCCGUUAGACUGGCCAGGGUAGCAAAUCAAACUGGCUAAUUGAAAUUACGGGCGGUGAAUUUAAGAUCGUGAGAACCACGAGGAUAGAUUCAGGGGAAAGAGUAGGUUCACAGUUAUGCGAGCCCAUCUCAUCUCCGCGGUCGGUUAUUUGAAAUGAAUGAAUUUAUGCUACGAUUUUCAAAUCAAAUAUCAAACUGAUAAGAAUGAGCCGUUAUGUCCAAUCUUUAUGGGCGUUCGAUGUCAGAAAUCAUUGAAUGAAAGACCGCAAUGAAAGAUUAAAAGGCAACAUGAUAUUAAUUUUCACUGCCGGGAAAUUUCACCUUUUGGCUGUUGCAUUGUACUUGUGCACAAGGGUUUAUUUAUACAUUGUUUACUUGUGUGUAUAUGGUCAAUAUAUUUAUAUAUUAUUUUUUGUGUCACUAGAAUGCGUUAAUGAUUACUAAUACUCCAUCAAGGUGUGAAUGAGUGAGUUUGGUUUAGCGCCGCUUUGAACAGUUACAUCACGGCGUGUCUGGUUAAAGUGGGAGAAAAUCCCGAAGGGAUACAGGUCUGAGACUUUUACCACUUUGAUGAAACCGAAUGAGACUGACAAGCCAGGAAACGUAACCCAGUAUUCUGGGAUCCUAACUAGGAUUCUAACCCACAUGCAUCGGUUUCUUGCGUGCAACGGGAUGCAACUCUGUACAUUGUCAAUCGGCGUUACAGCUCAUGUAAUAGAUAUGUAUGUAGAGUACAGUAGGAGAUGGGUCUGGAAGCGUAAACAUGCAGUUGUAUUUACUAUAUAAUACAUCGUUAGUAUAAUUUACCUUUGUGUAUCCAAUUGGUGCUUUGUGUUUUGUGUGUGAGAGUGCGCGCGCGUGUGUGCGUUGGAUGCGUGAGGGUGUGUAGUAAAGAACCUAUACAUGAUUGUAUGAAGUUCAACCAAUGUGUGAAUAAACUAGUGUGUUUUUAGUAAGUAGCUCAUCGUAUAAAAUGGAUUGUGCCAUAAUACUCUUGGUUAAAUAUUGAUAUUUACAGCAUUCAGAUCUUCCAUUAAUCGCAGUACAAGCUUCCCAUGUAUUGCUACAUAUGUACGCAUCAAGUCAUCAAUAUAACCAUUGCUACUCCUGCUGAUGAGAAUGUUUGGCUAAUUGGAGUUGUAUCUGCCAUGUACAUACGUACCAUUGUGUGUUAUACCUUUUUACUUUUUCAUAAUAAAGAAUAUGUUUUCA